AGGAUGAUUGACAGAUAAACUGCACUUUAGCGAUAAUGUGGUAUCCUAUGACUCUAUGAUGUUAUGAAGAUUUGUAAUCUGUUUCUGUACAAAGUGAAGGAAGUCCCUUUGGAAGAAUUGCACAAAUGUGGCAAUGUUAGGGAAGGAGUCAUUCAGACUUUCCAGUGUUUUGGCAUUGAAUGUUCCGACAAACUGUACUUAUAUAGGAUGCAGUCUGGUAAAUUUGUACCUCUGUUAGUUGAUGAACCAUUUACUGAUAAUAUGUCUGAUACAACUACGAUUGUUGCAGUGGAUAUGCAUCAUUUAGGACAAUCCUACUUGAACAAAGAUUCAUUUGGAGAAACCUGUGAAAUGAUCGAAGAAAGACAUGAAGCGUUAUCGAUUUUGCAAUCAUUCCAUAAAAGUUUAACAAGUGAUAAGAAGUUACGUGGAAUAUUGGCAGUUGAAUGCAGACACAAUAAAUCGAUACAAAAACACUUGGACACAUCAUCAGAUGAAAACUCUCCUUUACAAAUAUUUUGUAGUCUUCCUGAUCUCAAAAAGAAGGAGCCUCCAAGCCAGUGUGACCACCUUAUCUCAGUUUCUGAGUAUCUCACUAAUAAAACAUGUGGUGUAAGUCUGGGAGAUGAUGAUUUUGUUUCGUGAGAUUACAUUGCAUGAUUGGCUAGAACUGCUCGAUGAAAGAGGUCACAUAACAAGAACUGUAGAGGUUCCAGGUUCCUCUGAUGUUGAGGUGACUAUCGGGUGUGAUGUCUUCGAGAACUGCAGAACGUGGGAGGUGUUUGAAACUCCACAAACCUUAACAUUGCUGGGAAAAGGUGGCUUUGCCAAAACAUGGAGAUAUGAUACAACUACACAAACGAACUCAGUGAUUUCAGUAGUGAUAAAGCAGAAUCUAACUAAUAAGAGAAAGGAUGAAAAGCCCGCAUGGUACAGGGAGGCAUCACAUACCAGGCAGUUAUCCCAUGAGAACAUUAUCAAAUAUUAUGGUAAACCCAUACUGUACAAAUCCUCUUAUUAUUGCAUUAUGGAGGACGGUGGAAAAUCACUCUUUGAAAAGUACAACAGUAAAUAUAUGGCUCGAUCAGACAUUCGCAUAGCAAUGUUACACAUAGCUAAAGCAAUACGUUAUCUUCAUGAUGAUAGCAGAAAUGAUGUUGUUAUUCACAGAGACAUAAGAACCAGCAACGUAACUGUUUCUGAAAGUGGGGUGUACAAACUUAUAGAUUUUGGGAUAUCAAGUAAGAAGUGUGCACAGCUGUCGAGUAAGUUCACUUCAGAUCCUGGUUUUGGUAAUUCUCUUUGGAAGUCUCCUGAGUAUUGUGGGUAUCUUGUAACUGGUCAAGGGUCACCUGGUGGAAGAAAAUCUGACAUUUGGAUGUUUGGUGUGUUUGUUUUGGAGAUGCUAGCCUUUCCUAAUCUGCCGCAGUUCUUUGAAGAUUACAAUCCUAACAUCACUGGUAAUAGUGUUAAAUUCCAAUGUGGCUUAUCAAAACGUACGCUAAUUUUGACUGACUUCAUUGAUGAUGACUGUGAAGAUGUGAUUAGAAACGUUGUUGAGAAAUGCUUGCAACACUCUGAAAACGAUCGGUGUAGCAGUCAGGAACUUUUACACUUUUGCCAAAAGUUGUAAACGUAGUCCCGUUUUAUUUACACCAGCCAUUUAUUACGCUUACAGCUCUGUCGAAGAUAGAAGGUAAUUUUUGCGAUCUCUCGUUAUUGUUUAUUGGAUAAUGUGACAGUUUCUUAUCUUCUGCUGAUAGUGAAUACAUUUUAACACAUGUCAUAUUUUUAAUUCUUUAACCUUUCAAGAGAGAAACGGUUUUUAAAUGAUGUCGACUACAUUAUAACAGUUGAAGUAAAAAUCUUUGGUUUAAAACGGCCCCAACGUUAAUGUGGCUCUUGCUAUGUGUUGGUUCAGCCGAAUUAAUUAUUAUGUAAUCAAGUUUAUUUUUAUCUUUUAGUUAGUUGUCAUCCGGCCAAACAUUAAACAACUUAUAUUGCAGUUCCAUUUAUCAAUUAGU